GCGUGCGCAGACUACACGCGGACAAGUAUUUAUUUUAGCUUCUUGUGCUACAUGCAGCCCAUAUAACUGAAAGAAGAGCUCUUUAUAUCAGUUCAUUCACAUUAACACGCGUAGUUUAGCUCUUGUCUACAAUGGCGAAGGACGGUGCAGCGAAACUGUCCAAAAAUCUCCUGCGGAUGAAGUUCAUGCAGAGAGGGUUGGACGCAGAGCUGAAGAAGCAGCUGGAUGAGGAGGAGAAGAGGAUCAUCAGUGAUGAACACUGGUUCCUGGACCUUCCUGAGCUCAAGGCCAAAGAAAACUAUAUCAUUGAGGAGAGAAGUUACGCUCCCUGUGAGGAUUUGGUUUUUGGCAGAAUGUCAUUCAGAGGCUUCAAUCCUGAAGUUGAGAAAUUAAUGUUACUUAUGAACACACACAAAGAGGAAGAGGAUGACGAAGAGGAGGACAAUGUGAGCAGAAUGGAAACUGAUAUUACAGAUGAAGAGAUGGCUAGAAGAUAUGAAAGCUUGGUUGAGAGCAUGAGAAAAAAGUUUGCCAAGAAACGAGAUCGCUCCGCAAUUACUAAGAAUAAAGAAGACGUCAACUGCGAUGCUGUUGAUAAUCGACCCAAAAAGGCAUUCCUGAAACCUCAGUACUGAGAAGUUUUAUUUACACAUCUACCAUAUAUAUAUAUAUAUUUAUAUUUUAUGCAAUGGACUUUUUUUUU